AUGAACACUGACAACAUCAACGACAACUUCACCCUGGCUCAGGAGCACGACGACCACGAAAGGGCCGCUCCUGCACCUGCUGAAGACGUCGCAACAGCUGCUCGCGAAAGGAGCAGCAAAGAUGUCAACAAACGGAUUCUCAACGCGCUUCUCGGUCUGGAAGAGCGUGUGAUGCGCAUGGAGGCUUCGCAGAUCAAGACUGAAGAAGACGAGCGCAUGCGCGGCGCGAUUGAGAGCGGGAUGUUCAGCUCCGCGCUCGGGCGUGACUUUGGGCGAGAAACGAUGACGCGAGACGCUCUCGGAUUUGCGCCGGCAGUGCGCAAUGCCUCGUCGCCACAUGGCCCGUACCACGGUUCGCGCGGUGCGCCGCUUAUGCCGCAGUACACGCAUCCGCUCGGGCAGCCACAAGCUCCUCAAGUGGGAACAGCAGCAGCGCCGCCUCCAGCUGCUGCUUACGUGCCUGUGGGGAAGUACCGUGUGCCCGAUGCUCGACAGCGCAAGCUCGCCAUCCGGAAGUUUGAUGGCAGCGAGCUCUACCAAGGUCUAGGCUUAAACUUCUUCGAUUGGGGUAAGUCGUUUUGGCGACAAGUCGACAUGGCUCAAGCAGCGUGCGGCUUCCUAUGGACCGAAGAUAAUAAGACUGACGUCCUCGGGCAGUAUCUCUCGGGUACUGCAGAACGUUAUUUUAACUAG